GGUUGACCGAACGGGGUUUCCGCCUAGCAAAGAAUUCUGAGCCAACGCACUCUCAAACAAACAAAGAAAAAAAUGUCUCUGUUCUCACCUUUGCCUUCUCCUUAUCUCCUUUUAAUUUUCUUUUACAUUUUCUUUUUUCCUCUUUUUCCACAAAAGGCUGCUGAUCAUUUCCUUUUGUGAAUUGUUUGGUAUGUGAUUUUCUGAUUCUGAGUUAUCAGAGUAUCAUGGCUACCAAAAGGGAUGAACCAUCUCUGAUACAGCAGAGAAUACAUAGCAAACGGGAAGAGCCGUCUCAAUCCCAACUGAAAAUGGCUAGCAGAAAGGAAGACUCGUCUCCAGCGCAACUGAAAAUGGCUAGCAGAAAGGAAGAGCCGUCUCCAGCGCAACUGAAAAUGGCUAUCAAAAAGGAAGACCCUUCUGUAUUACAACAGAGGAUGGCUUCCAAAAGGGAAGAUCGAGAGCCAUCUCAAGGACAUCAGGGAGAUGUUGCAGCAGCUGCUGCUCCAGGCUCACUGGAGUAUCAGAACUCUCGGUCCGGAAAUACGGUUUUAAAGAGUGGGCCACUUUUUUUAUCAUCCAAAGGAAUUGGGUGGACGUCAUGGAAGAAAAGAUGGUUUAUUUUGACACAUACUUCGUUGGUUUUCUUUAGAAGCGACCCUAAUGCCGUUUCUCAGAAGGGGAAUGAAGUGAACUUAACUCUUGGCGGUAUUGAUCUCAACAAUUCAGGCAGUGUGAUUGUCAAAGCUGAUAAAAAACUUAUAACAGUACAGUUUCAAGAUGGCCGCGAUGGACGAACCUUCACACUCAAGGCUGAAACAUUGGACGAUUUGUUUGAGUGGAAAGCUGCACUUGAGAAUGCUUUGUCUCAAGCACCAAGUUCUGCUAAUGCGAUGGGACAAAAUGGCAUUUUUAGGAAUGAUCAAUCAGAGGAAGUUGAUGCUUCUAGGGAACCAGCAAAUGAUAAACCGCCUGUGAGAUCUACAGUCAUAGGCAGACCAGUUUUACUUGCCCUGGAAGACGUUGACGGAGCUCCAACAUUUUUGGAGAAGGCCCUUAAAUUUAUUGAAGAGCAUGGUGUCAGAGUAGAAGGGAUCUUACGACAAGCUGCAGAUGUUGAAGAUGUUAAGCGUCGAAUUCAGGAAUAUGAACAGGGAAAAACUGAGUUUUCUUCCGAGGAGGAUGCACAUGUCAUUGGUGAUUGUGUCAAGUAUAUCCUCAGAGAGUUGCCAUCAUCUCCUGUUCCUGCAUCAUGCUGCAAUGCGCUACUAGAAGCAUGCCGAACUCAACGUGGUUCUAGAGUCAAUGCUAUGCGUUUGGCAGUAUUGGACACGUUUCCUGAACCAAACCGUCGCUUGCUACAGAGAAUUCUAAUGAUGAUGCAAGUUGUAGCUUCUCACAAAAAUGAAAACCUAAUGAGCACUUCAGCCGUGGCGGCAUGCAUGGCACCCUUACUUCUUCGACCCCUUCUAGCUGGUGAUUGUGAGAUUGAAACCGAUUUUGAUGUGGGUGGUGAUGGUUCUAUGCAAUUGCUACAAGCCGCUGCUGCAGCUAAUCAUGCUCAAGCCAUUGUUAUAACACUAUUGGAAGAGUAUGAUCAAAUAUUUGGGGAAGGUUCUAUUUCCUCUGAUUUAUACUCUGAUUCAGAAGAGAGUGGCAGUGAAAGUGAGGAGGCAGCUGAAGAUGAUAGUGAGUCCUAUGACGAAGAUGAAUCUUAUGAAGACGAUGAAUGCGAUGAUGAAACAGAAGGCUCUGAUGUAUCCAAUGAUGAUGAUGAUGAUGAUGAUGAUGAUGAUGAUGAUGAGGAUGGUGACGAUGAUGAUGAUGAUGACGGUGAUGAACCAAGUGAAACAGGCAGUGAAAGUGGUCACUCUGUUACCAGUGAUGUGGAUGUUGAUAAGUAUUCUGAUUCUUCGAGCUCAAGUUCUGAGUCCUCUGAAACUGGUCAUGAUGUAAAAGCCACCAAGAGGCUUUCAAGUUCAAUUCACAACCCAUCGUCAGAAAAUGAUGGUUCAGAGAGGAGCAAGGGUAAUCAAAGUAAAAGUACAGCAACAUUGACCAAGAAGUCUGCUGAGCUAUCAAAAGGUGUUCAUGGUUCAACCAAUGUGGAGGAUAGGUUAGCUCAUCAUGCUCAAAUCCCAAGCAGCCAGCAAUCCGCAGCUGCUGCACACAGAGCUAGGCGUAAUGCUGUUUGGGGACGUACUUCUGCAAGGAAGAACCUUUCUAUGGAAUCCAUUGAUUAUCCAUUUGGAGAAGAGUUUGAAAUUGAGACAGUUGAGGAUGAAAAAUCUGACUUGCAAAACAGACUCAGAGAAGAGAUUGAAGGUAAUACCAAACUCGAAGCCAGUGUGGAAAAACGAAAGAAGACAUUGCAAGGGCGUCAGCUAUGUCUUGAGAAAGAAGUAGCAAUAUUAAAGGAAGAGUUGCAAAGGGAGAGAGAUAAGAGGACAGCUCUGGAAUCCGUUCUUAACUCAUCUCAAGAACAACCCACAGUUCUCCCAGCUAAGAUUGACAAAAAGACAAAGGCAGAUCUCAAUGACAUAGCUCUAGCAGAGGCAGAUAUAAUCAAUUUGAAAAAGAAGGUUGAAGAUCUGGAGAUGCAGCUUAAUCAACAGCUUGAGAAAAAAUCUGCUUACAUGAAUGAUUCAUGCAGACAACGUCAACCAAAUCAUCAUGCAAAAAAAGAGGAUAAGCCAAAGGGUAGUGGAGCUGUUGUUAAAGGGUCAGGAAGCAAGCAGGAUACAUAUGUGGAUAAAGCAGAGUUUGAGAAAGGGAGGAAGCAGGAAUCAUCUUCGGAAAAUAAACAACCACCUCCGAACCAACAGGUAGAUCAUUCAGAAAAUAAAAGAAACCGUAUGAAUGAAGCAGAGACAGAUUCAAAGAAAUCCCAUGCUUCGAGUAAUCCCAAGAAGUUAGCUAAAAGGGGUGAGGAACAGCGAAGCCAGACUGCAAAUGAAAGUCCAGAAAAUGAGAAAGGCCGUGGUUCAAGUCAAGCUGUUGCAAGCUCAGACAAAGGCAAAGGAAUAGAACAUGUCCGAACUGCUCGAAAUCGAGAAAAACGUAGAGGACCGGACAGUAGCCAAUAACCCUAAAGAUAAGAUCCACACUUAAAAAACACCCCAAGGCAAAUAAACCCAUUUUCUAAGCAAGGGAUGAUUUGAAGGCCAUGAUGUCCUAAAAUUCUCAAGAAUUAGGAGGCUGUUGAUGGUGCUCUGAUUCCACCAAGAGGGGUAGGCUAUUUUGCAAGGCGCGACUGAUUUCGAUUCCCGUACUAAAGGACGAGAGACUGAUAAAACACCCUUUACUGCAGAUGAAAAAAAGACAAUUAUUAUUUCCUUAGAUUUAAGCUGAAUAAGUCACAAUCUUGGCGACUGGUUUUUUUUGCCGGAGAAACCUGAUAGGAUUGAUUUGUAUAGCAACUAUAAUGCGACCGUUUCUAAUUUAACAUUUUCUUGGUUUAUAAAAUAACGGUUGAUGUCU